AUGGCCCAUGCAGAUGCUGCGAAACAACGUACCAACUGGACGUUAAAGGACCGAUUCGACAACGACGGUGUGUAUCAGACUGACAUAAGAUGGCUUAAGCAUCCUUUAGGUAGAGAUAGCUGGCUGGCUACAUACGACAAUCGCGAUGUUGUAGCAACAAUUUCUUGUCGUACUGCUUCUAUAACAUCAAACCAAGAGUUUCGUAUCUUAUCUCCCCCUUUUCAAACAUUUCCUGUCAGUGAAAGAGUCUUUCAUUCUAUUUCAGGACUCAAGCUUUUUGCCAUUUAA